UGUGGGGGCCAGUGGGUCAGGGAGGGAGCGGUGGCCGGUGGGACAGGGGCCUGUGCGGAGGGCGCCUACUCUGCGGGGGUGGCUGUCUGGCGGCCGCUUUCUCUCCGUCCCGGUUCUGGGCUUUUCGUCAGAGAGUCCCAAGCUUCCUCAUUCUCCUCGGGCCGCCGCCGCCGCCUUCUUCCUUCUCCCCGUUUCGUUUCCCCUCCGUUCCUUCCCCUUUGCGUUGCUCCCGGUGCGGCCCGGCCAUGUCGGGGCUCCUGGGCAAGCUGUUCGGGACGGGCCCGGGCGGGAAGGGCGCCGGGAAGGGCCCUUCUCCUCAGGAGGCGAUCCAGCGGCUCCGCGAAACCGAGGAGAUGCUGAGCAAGAAGCAGGAUUUCCUGGAGAAGAAGAUCGAGCAAGAGCUGGGGGCUGCCCGCAAGCACGGCACCAAGAACAAGCGCGCUGCUCUUCAGGCUCUGAAGCGAAAAAAGAGAUAUGAGAAGCAGCUUGCACAAAUAGAUGGCACGUUGUCCACAAUUGAGUUCCAGAGAGAAGCCCUUGAAAAUGCCAACACCAACACUGAAGUCCUCAAGAAUAUGGGCUUUGCUGCUAAAGCAAUGAAAGCUGCUCAUGACAACAUGGAUAUUGAUAAAGUGGACGAACUAAUGCAAGACAUUGCAGAACAGCAGGAGCUGGCAGAUGAAAUUUCAACAGCCAUUUCCAAACCUGUAGGAAUUGGUGAAGAAUUUGAUGAGGAUGAACUAAUGGCUGAAUUAGAGGAGCUAGAACAGGAAGAAUUGGACAAAAACUUGCUGGAGAUCAGUGGUCCAGAGACAGUUCGACUACCCAGUGUGCCCUCAAUAUCUAUACCUUCCAAGCCAACCAAGAAAAAAGAAGAGGAGGAUGAUGAUGACAUGAAAGAAUUAGAAGCCUGGGCCGAAAAAAUGUAGCUUCGCCUGCCGUUAGCUGGAGAAACAUUAGAGACUCUGGUCACCUGCUGCUGUAGGUGCAUGUAUGGGUGGGAGAUGACUCGAAGUGCGAUGUCUUUAUUUCUGUAAUCUAAACCCAAAGCAGUGGGAGUUGCAUUCAGCAUAGCAUGGUCUGAGCGAGGGAAACAAAGUUCCCCAGGAAAGUUGCCUGCAGUUUAUGAUGUUGAAUUUCUUAAAAGCAAAUAGAAUGAACAUAAAACCUUAUUGGCAAAAUUCCAACCUUCAGCUUCCGGACUCUGCUAACGCCGCUGCUGGAUCUUCAUCUUUCAGAAUUCUGGCCGUGUUGAAUCUGACUGAUUUUGGGCUGUGAAGACUGUAACUUAAGUUUAUUGAAAAAGUUUUUAGAGUUCUUGUAAAGCAUUUCAAAAGGAGAAGUCAGAAGCCAUUUAUUGACUUAGUAUGCUUAGAAGUGUACAAAAUGCAUUAGCUUUUAGUUCUUUAAAGUCUGUAUUUAUAUUCACUAACUGCAUUGACACCCUUCUCACACUAAAUUGGUCACUGUUCCCAUUUUAAUUGGUGAAAUGGAUUUGGAAUAACAAAUCAGUGCUAUCAUGCAAGUUGGUAAAAUUUAUACUCUGAUUCCAGCUGUACAUUUUUCUGUAUAGAAUUUGCGUGUUGACUGCUAUUUGUGAUGAUCAAUAUACCAUUCAGACACAAAUGUUUAUUUUAAAAAGGGUCUAUGGUUUGCACUGUAUUAAAUAUCUUGAUUUUCA